CAUAACAUAGGCUAUUUGAUAAACACAUAUAAUGCAUUCAUGUUGCACUAUCAAAUUUUUAUACAUAAUCCAUCAUACUUUCUUAACAUGCAAUUACUAAAAUAUGUAACUAUUGCAAAUAACCUACAAUUUUUCAUUGCACAGGUAGGCUAGUCAGCGUGCGGUGCUGAUGAACAGCGUCAAACAAUUAACCUCAUACAAAUCAUCCUAAUCUCGCGAGUUCACAUUCGGCUUCGCUAAACAGUCAGGAUGGCCUUGAAUCAGGCUAUCAAACAAUACCCCCCUCCUUCAAACACAAGAAUAACCUCUCCCCAGUUUUCACCCCCUCGCUUUGGUCCAAUCUGGAACAGAACAUAAUGGCGAUUGAUGGUGGUGGAGGGAGGAGCUGUGGAGUGCAUGAGCUCAUCUGUGCCAGACGAGUGUCUCCUGAGCUGCUAGGGGUCCUAUCCUCAAUUGCGGUUUUUGUGGCCGUGAUGGUUCUCUUUUUUCUUUACCUCAGCAACAAGCUGUCAGUGGAGAGCGCCAGCGACCUGCCACGCCUCGACGACUAUAGGCCCGACCAGCAAGACCAGAGCUGCUCAGAGCGUGGCUCUGAGGAGGACACUCAAGAGGACAGACCAGGGGGACACUCUGAACCCUCAGCCCAGCACAGAGCCUCAGUCUGGGACAACCGACCUAAACACACCAGCGACCACAGCAGUGAGGCCUCUACCGGACAAGCCAACAGCAUCCAGCAGAUGAGACAAGGCUCUCCCCUCAACGAGCUCCAGCCACCCCCAUAUCAGGACGAGGAUAGUCCGGUCCGAGUGUCUCGCUCGCGGUCGGGGGCGGGGGGUCUGGGGGAGUCGUCCCCAGACGGUAAUGUUACACAGCGCUCCAGUGAGGCCAGCGUUGACCAGGACACUGAGAGUUACCUCAACAAGGGCUACGAUGAGGACGUACCUAGUGACAGCACUGCCGUCCUGGGACCAGAGGAUGGUUCCCCCUCCCAUCUCCACGUGGGCUAUGAGCCCGAGCCACUGGCCAAGUAUGGCACGCUGGACGUGGCCUUCGAGUAUGACUCGGGCGAGCAACGCCUUGCCGUCACUGUCACCGCAGCAACCGACAUCCCCGCACUCAAACAGACAGGGAACAUCGCGUGGCAGGUGCACCUGGUGUUGCUGCCCACUAAGAAGCAACGGGCCAAGACGGGGGUGCAGAGGGGGCCGUGCCCCAUGUUCACAGAGACCUUCCGCUUCACCAGGGUGGAGGAGGAGGCGCUGGCAGACCACGCCGUCAGGUUCCGCCUCUACAGCGUCAGGAGGAUGAAGAAGGAGAAGGUGCUGGGAGAGAAGGUGUUCUACUUGACCAAACUCAACCUGCAGGGCAAGAUGGCGCUGCCCGUUACACUGGAGCCUGGCACAGCACUAACGGGCUGUGGGUCGUUGCUGAGUGUGUCUCGCAGCAUGGCGGCAUUGUCCUACCGCUCUACAUGGGACUCCACACCAGAGAUCCUACUGGGCCUCAUCUAUAACUCCACCACUGGCAGGCUCUCUGCAGAGGUCAUCCAGGGAAGACAGUUCAAGAACACAGCCUCAGACAAACCUCCCAGCGGUCUGUUUUGUUGUAUAAAACAGCUAAUAGGGGGACAACUUUAUAUCAUGAGAGACACCUAUGUGAAGCUGAACAUGCUGGACUCCAAGGGCAAGGAGAUGUCCAAGUGCAAGACGUCGGUGUGCCGCGGCCAGCCCAACCCCACCUACAAGGAGACCUUUGUCUUUCAGGUGGCCCUCUUCCAGCUGUCCGAGGUCUCCCUUGUGGUGUCGGUGUACAGCCGGAGGAGCAGCAUGAAGGCCAGGGAGAGGGUGGGCUGGCUGUCCCUGGGGCUCAACAGCACCGGAGAGGAGCAGCAGGCCCACUGGAGCCAGAUGAAGGAGGCCGAGGGACAGCAGGUGUGCCACUGGCACACACUCUUGGAAUCUUGAACAGGUCUUGAUGAGAAUCACCAGAUUUGAUCUCGUUAACUAAGAAUAAGCUGUAUAAAUAAAGGUGAAAUUAAAUGGUUAAAUAGGAGGAGGAAUACGUUGGAGGAAUAGGAUGAGGAAGAUUAUGGGGUAUGUUGACCUCAGUGUUGCGAGGGAAUGUGUUCCAUGACCUUCAUUCAGAGAUGCAGAUGAGGAGCUAUGAGGAACCAUCCGCCUAUACUGUGCUUAUCACCUGGUGUGGAAUGUGUGUGUGUGAGGGUGCAGAGCUUUGAGAAGCACGUGGAUUCCACUUGGAGUCUCCCGUUCACUGACAGCUGCUUUAAUACUCUUCAAUCCAUAAACCAGCCACCUACCCUGAGACAGACUGGUCUGGUUGACAGACUGACUGGUGCUCCCAGCUCCUUCCAGUCAUUGUCGAUGGGCGCAUCAAAGUCAGACUCAUCUUUGUAAUACAACAGCUGAUAAGACCUCAAUGGUGAAAUGGACACAACUGGUCAUGAAAUGGACACAACUGGUCAUGAAAUGGACCAUUCAGUCUCAGAUUGAGGACAAUUUUGUGUCAUUCAUUUCCCAUAUUCAAAAUACGACCAUACAUAUCUCGUACAAUGGACCAUUUUCAUCCUGAACCGAGGACCAAAGAGUGCGGAGAAGAACAACACUACAACAAACCAGCCCCCUCAUGUUCUUCCGGGGUUGUACUGACCAUAGAUAUAGAAAGACUAGAAGGGACUAAGCCCCUCAGACCAUGGCAAUUUGAUUGGAACACUCAUGGGUAACUCAAUAUGGCUGACAUUUCUAUGGUACUGUCUUCAAAUGACACCAGCAUAUCAGACAUUUCUCAUCUGACGCUCGCAGCCACCGAAAACAAGUAUGAUGCAAUGGAAGACUGUUACCAUGACUGUUAGAGCCAGCUGGGCCUUUAACAUUCUGCAACAACUGCCUAUAGAAAGUCUACAACGCCCUUGGAAGUAGGAAAAAAAUUGAUUUUAUUAGAAUUUUUUGG